ACUGACAAAUGAGUAGUUAAAGAUGCUCUCCUAUACAUGCAGAAAUCACACAGCACUCUACUGCUGCUCGUAAGUGAAUUUUUAUUUCCUUUUACUGGCAAAGGUGUCUGCCAGUGAAUCAGCCUGCUAGUGGAGACGGACCAGGAACUGCAGCAGAAGACACGAGCAAGGCAGUCAAAGCCGAGCCCCAAGAUGUGGUGCCUCCUCCUGCUGCUCUGCGCCCAAGGAAUUGCCUUCUCAGUGGGAUUCACAACACCCCCCACUCUGAAUUCAGACAACAGGAAGACUCGCAACCCCGAAUGCUUUAUGAAUGUUACUGAAAUUAUCAGAUAUCAUGGGUACCCCAGUGAGGAAUAUGAAGUUACCACGCAGGAUGGAUACAUUCUUGCUGUUUUCAGAAUUCCUGCUGGGAGGAACAGCCAAAAUACAGGGAAAAAGCCUGCAGUCUUGCUACACCAUGGUACUUUAGGAGAUUCUACUCACUGGAUCUCUAACCUGCCCAACAACAGUCUAGGCUUCAUCCUAGCAGAUGCUGGCUAUGAUGUCUGGAUGGGAAACAGCCGAGGAGACACCUGGUCUUUAAAACACAAGACCCUUAAUCCCAGCCAGAAAGAGUUCUGGCAGUUCAGCUUCGAUGAAAUGGGUAAAUACGAUAUUCCAGCAGAGCUGUACUUCAUCAUGAAUAAAACCGGGCAGAAGAAUGUGUACUAUAUUGGUCACUCGGAAGCUUCAGCUGCAGGCUUCAUAGCAUUUUCCACUUAUCCUGAGUUGGCUCAAAGGGUUAAAGUGUUCUUUGCUGUGGGACCAGUAACCACAAUCACACAUGCUACCAGUCCUCUGGUAACAUUUGCACGUCUUCCUGAAUCACUGAUCAGGUUACUACUUGGCUGCAAAGGAACUCUUCAUCAGAAUGGACUGCUGAAAGGGCCUUUAACAUGGUUCUGCAGAUCUCUGGGAAAAGUUUGUGCCAGUAUCUUCUGCUUCAUAUCUGGGGACAGAAUGCAAAGUCUGAACACGAGUCGAAUGGAUACAUACGUAGGACAUACCCCCGCUGGAGUAUCCGUACAGAACAUUAUUCACUGGCAUCAGCUAACGCGUUCAGGCCAAUUUCAAGCUUAUGACUACGGCGCUAAGGAAAACAUGAAGAAAUACAACCAGUCUGCUCCUCCUGCGUACAAGAUAGAGAAGAUAAACAUACCAAUUGCUGUUUGGAGCGGUGGACUUGACAAAUUUGCAGAUCCAAAAGACAUGGCAAAGCUGCUUCCUCAGAUUUCUAAUCUCAUUUACCAUGAGCACAUUCCUGCUUGGGGACAUCUUGAUUUCAUCUGGGGCCUUGAUGCAACUGAGAGAAUGUAUCGAAAAAUCAUUGAACUAAUAGCAAAACACCUUUGAAGCUUCACACGGGGAAUUCAUUCAUCCAGUAAAACCCCCAAAGAUUUCUAUUUAGCAGUUGAAUAUGGAUAUAGGCUUUGAUGUAGGGGUUUACAAACCACCAUCAAUUGGUUUGCAAAUUUCUUAUUUUGAUUUCCAUGGUGUCACAUUAUUUUGUCGACUGCAGUCUCACUGAAGAAGUUGAGGUAUGUGGGGAUGACCACUGAAAAUACAAAUACAUUGGAAGGAACACUUCAGGGAUCACUUGGUUUGGAAAACUUUAGCUUUUAUAGGACUGGUUUUGGUACAACUAAGAUUUCAUUUUCUCUUCCCUGGCAGAACAAUAUCACAUAUUCCAGCUGAGGCAGAGCUGUUAUUCCACAAAAACCCAAAAAUGGGAGAUACUAAUUUCUCUGUUGAAGCAUUACUGAUCUUUGUUUAAAUUAAAUCGUCUAUCCUCUU